UUUUCUGAGCAAAGAAAAAAAAAAGAAACAGCCACUGCCAUUUUGUACUUUACUUGGUAGAGAGAGAAAAAGAGAAAGAUAAAGAGAUCUAAUCGUACGCCAGGAUAGCGGUCUUACUGUUAACCUGCGCCCCCACCAUCAGCACGAGCUCAGUCUCUAGAAAGAACGAAGAGGAGGAGGAGAGAGAGAGUAAUUUUUUUAUUUUUAUUUUUAAGUACCGAAGAAGAAGUCCAAGAUAAGUGCCCGAAAGGAAACCCUAGCUUCCCCGUACCCCAAAAGAACAAGAUAGUUCUAUCACAUGGCGGCGAACCGAUGGUGGGCCGGCGAUAAUACAACCGGAUUGAACAGGAUUGGACCAAGAAGAGAAGAGGAUUUCUUUGAUAGUACUCCAAACACUAAUAGCAGUGGAAGUAACUCAAAUCCAAAUACCCAAAACCUAGAAGAAGAAGAAAAUACUGAUCGAACUACAACUCAAGAACAAAACCCAGGAUCAAGUUCAGUUCGAAGACCAAGAGGCAGACCGCCCGGUUCAAAAAACAAAGCAAGAGCACCAGUUGUGAUAACAAAGGAUAGCGCCAACGCUUUAAGGAGUCAUGUAUUGGAAAUCAGCAACGGAAACGACGUCGUUGAGUGCAUCACAAAUUUCGCUCACCGUCGCCAUAGCGGCGUAUCUCUUCUAAGUGGUAGUGGUGUUGUUUCCAAUGUUAAUCUUCGACAACCUGCCGCCGGUGGCGGUGUAAUCACUCUUCAUGGAAGGUUCGAGAUUCUUUCACUUUCUGGAGCUUUUCUUCCGCCGCCUUCGCCUCCGGCGGCGACUGGGCUGACGGUUUAUUUAGCUGGUGGACAAGGACAGGUGGUCGGAGGGACGGUUGUGGGUCCUUUAUUGGCGUCCGGACCGGUUAUUGUUAUUGCUGCGACGUUUUCGAAUGCUACUUAUGAGAGGCUGCCGUUAGAUGAGACGGAGGAGGCUGAGGUGACGCCGGAGACGGCGGCCGGGGGAAGUACUAGUGGAGGUAUGACGGAGGAGCCAACGUCAUCAUCAAUGGCGAUUUAUAAUAAUAAUAAUAAUAAUAAUAAUCUGAUGCAUAAUGGGCAGAUGCGUCAGGAAGACGUGUUUUGGACUCCACCGCCUAGACCACCCCCAUCUUUUUAGACAAGAAAUUUAAUUAGAAGAAGAGAAGAAAUCAGAGGUAAGAGGAAGAAGAACCCUUUAACCAUUUUGUGAAUUUAAUCUCAAAUAUUUUAAUCUGUUGUUUUAGUUUUUGUUGUUGUUCUUGUUGAAGAAUUUGGGACGGAUUAUAAUUGACCUAGUUUCGGAUGUGUUUGUUUUUACAACUUUAUUGGAGGAAUGUUUAAUUAAUUAGCUAUUUUUUUG